AUGCAGAUGCUAACAAAGUUUGAGUCGAAAAGCAACCGAGUCAAAGGCAUCUCGUUCCACACCAAGAGGCCCUGGAUAUUGGCCUCUCUUCACAAUGGCUGCAUUCAACUGUGGGAUUACCGAAUGGGCACUUUGAUCGAGAGAUUUGAGGAGCAUCAAGGACCUGUGCGUGGUGUUGCAUUCCACUCUACACAGCCGCUGUUUGUGUCUGGCGGUGAUGACUACAAAAUCAGAGUCUGGAACUACAAGACGAGAAAAUGCCUAUUUACACUAAAUGGCCAUUUGGAUUAUGUUCGCACAGUAUACUUUCAUCAUGAACACCCCUGGAUCAUUUCAGCUUCAGACGAUCAAACCAUUCGCAUUUGGAACUGGCAGUCCAGAAAAUGCAUUGCCAUCUUGACAGGCCACAAUCACUAUGUAAUGAGCGCACAGUUUCACCCAACACAGGACUACAUAGUGUCUGCUUCGAUGGAUCAGACAGUGCGUGUGUGGGAUAUCUCGGGUUUAGUCAAGAAAAAUAGGGCUGGUCCUGGCACAAUACCCUCCUUGAAUGACCCCUUUGGUAGAUCCAGUCUUCAGGCAGAUGGGUUUGGGAUCAGUGAAGUUACAGUAAAGUACAUUUUGGAAGGACAUGAUCGUGGUGUCAACUGGGCAACAUUUCACCCUACGUUGCCACUGAUCAUCUCUGGCAGCGAUGAUAGACAAGUUAAAUUGUGGAGAAUGAGCGGCAACUGCCGUGGUUCAACAAACAAUGUAUGGGGCGCCAUCUUCCACCCUCGACAAGAUCUCAUCAUUUCAGCAGGAGAGGAUAAGGCCAUUCGUAUGUGGGAUCUCACCAAAAGAACAGCUGUAUCUUCAUUCAAGAGAGACCACGAUAGGUUUUGGGUAUUGACAUCUCAUCCCGAGCUGAACCUCUUUGCAGCGGGCCAUGACAAUGGCUUGAUUGUGUUCAAGUUGGAACGCGAGAGACCAGCAUUUCAAAUCAGUCAAAACCAACUUUUUCACAUCAACAAGAAGAUUCUGCAAGUGCAAGACGUUCAUGAUGCCUCCAAAAGCCAAGAGCUCUUGAAUCUCAGUAAAUUGGGGUCAAAGUACGUACCUCCUAGAACAUUAUCAUACAACCCUGCGGAAAAAGCAGUGUUAGUGACCACAUCUGAAGACGGAGGCUUGUAUGAAUUGUACAAACUACCCAAAAAUGCAUCUGCUGGAGCCCUUGGAGAGCCUUACGACGAAUCAAAGCGAGGAGCAGGCUAUAAUGCCUUAUUUAUUGCUCGCAACCGAUUUGCCGUCUUUGACAAAGUGCACCAACAGAUUGAGAUUCGAGAUUUAUCCAAUGCAGUGACUAAAUCAUUCAAAGUACCAGUGGCAGGCGUAACAGAUAUAUUCCAUGCUGGCACUGGAUCGUUGGUUUUGACUACUGCAAACAAGGUCAUUCUAUUUGAUAUUCAACAACGACGUAUCUUUGCAGAAUUACCGGUUCCUACUAUCAAAUAUGUCAUCUGGUCCAAUGACUAUUCCAUGGCAGCGCUGUUGAGCAAACAUACCAUCACGCUUAUCGAUAAAGACCUGAAACUGCUUUGUCAAAUCCACGAAACGAUUCGUAUCAAAAGUGGUGUUUGGGAUGAAUCAGGUGUGUUUCUGUAUUGCACUUUGAAUCACAUCAAGUAUGCUUUGCCUCAGGGUGAUCAUGGUAUUAUCCACACCUUGGACCAACCCGUCUACAUGGCCUCUGUCAAGGGGAAAUCGCUCUUGGUGCUUGAUCUCGAAGGCAAAGCUGUCAAAUUGGCCAUUGAUCCAACUGAGUACAAGUUUAAAUUAGCACUCACGCAUCGCAAAUACGAAGAAGUGCUAUACAUCAUUCGCCAUUCCAAUCUGGUAGGCCAGGCCAUCAUCGGUUAUCUGCUACAAAAGGGAUAUCCUGAAAUCGCACUGCAUUUUGUCCGUGAUGACCGCACUCGGUUUGAAUUAGCCCUCGAAUGCGGUAAUUUGGACGCUGCCAUGGAAACUGCACAAAAGCUAAACACCAGAGAGAACUGGGAAAAGCUGGGAUCAGAAGCACUGAAGCAUGGAAAUUUCAAAAUGGUGGAAUUAGCAUAUCAACGUACCAAAAACUAUGAUCGUCUUUCGUUCCUUUAUCUUGCCAGCGGUAAUGAAACCAACCUGCGUCAAAUGAUGAAGAUUGCAGAGCUGCGCGCCGAUCCAACGUCUCGAUUCCAGAACGCCAUGUAUUUAGGUGACAUGACGGAACGCAUCCAAGUUUUGCAAGAUGUUGGACAAAUACCAUUGGCUUACAUGACAGCAAGGUCUCAUGGUCUCUAUGAACUAGCACAAUCUAUUUUAGCAAGAGCAGGAAAGACGGAAGAGGAUAUUGAAUUGCCCAAUCACCAUGCCAAUAGUGCUACACCUCACCUCCUGCAAUCGGUUACACCUCUGCAAGAUCAUAAUUGGCCAUUAUUAACUGUAUCAAAAAGUUUUUUUGAGGGCAUAUUUGCCGCAAACAACAACAAUAGUCAAAAGCAUACAGCCACGCCCAUGCCAGCAUUCAAUUAUGACCAAGGCAUCGACGGCAUUGAGAAGGCAGAGGGUGAUUGGGGAGAUGAUGAUCUCUUGGGCAUCCCAUCCAACAAGAAGCAUCAAGAGUUGCUGCAAGACGACCACGAUACCUACAGGGAAGAUCAAGACGAUGAUGAGGGAGGCUGGGAUGAUGAUGAUGAUGAUGAUAUUCACGCUGAAAUCACUGCUGAAAUCAGCAACGUUGCAGCCAAAGAGACGGCCGAAUUUGUUGUUCCAGCUGCAGGCUUCAAUGAGGCCUUCAUGUGGAUACAAGCAUCUCCUUUGGCUACAGACUGCAUCUCUGCUGGAUCUUUCGAAACAGCCAUGCAGAUUCUGAAUAGUCAAGUGGGCGUCGUCCAGUUUGCGCCACUCAAAUCAUACUUUUUUACCGUGUACCAAGCGUCUCGUGCUCUUGUGCCUGCCAUUGCUUCCAAUCCAUCCUUGUACGUCUAUUUGCGCCGUUAUGGAGCAAGUGCUCGAAAUAGUCGUCCAGCUGCUGCCUACAACUUUCAGAACCUAUUAACUGUACAACUUCAACUUGCGUACAAAUACUUUACCAGCGGAAGAUUGCCAGCUAGUGCCACUCAAUUCAAGGCUUUGCUGCAUUCUGUCUUGUUUACUGUUGUUGAUUCUCAAUCAGAGGUAGAUGAAGCCAACCAACUCGUGCAAAUAUGCCGCGAGUAUGCGAUGGGUCUGGCGAUCGAGCAACAACGUCGAUCAAUUGCAGCUAACGAUCCGAACAAUACAAAGCGAGCGCUGGAAUUAGCUGCUUACUUUACACAUUGUCAAAUGCAACCACCCCAUUUGCAAUUAGCUUUACGUCAAGCUGCUAGACAGGCAUUCAAGCUCAAGAAUUUCAGUACGGCAAGUCAUUUUUGCACAAGAUUAUUGGAGCUAGCUCCAUCCAAAAAGAUUGCUGAUGAGGCACGACAAAUCUUGGCUGUUUGCGAGAGAAAUUUGGGGGACGAAGUGCAGCUUGAUUAUGAUCAAUACAACCCUUUCGUUGUAUGUGGUAUAACCUAUACCCCUAUUUUCAAAGGGUCACCCAAGAUAGCAUGCCCUUUUUGUCAGGCCUCUUAUAAACUUGAAUUCAAAGACAAGAUAUGUACUGUUUGUGAAGUCUCUCAGAUUGGAUUUGCUGGAUCUGGCCUUCGCGUGAUGAUUUAA